AUGAGUGAAGAAAAUUACAGGAAGCAGUACAACCUCUUUGAUGUGAAUUUCGAUCACUGGGAACGAGAGUCAGAUGUGGCUUCUCCUGAAGAUAUUUACCGGCUACUGAGGAAAGUUGGCCACAGCUGCUCUUCUUCGGAAAUGAACAAAGAUGUGAUACUUCGUCUGAAGAAGUGGAACCCGUCUUGGGCAAUGGCUGGCAAUAAGAAAUCGAGGAAAAAGAAUAUGAAGCAGACACAUCAUGAAGUGAAGCUUCUCUCUGCUGGUCGAACUAUCUAUCUAUCACGUGAUGUGCUGACCGCCAUUAAACGAUCAGAAUUGUACUCCGCGGAUGUUUUAUGUUACAUAACAGAUAUGUCGCAAAAAGAACAUUUUCAUAAACUCUGCUCGACGCUGGAUUAUUUUGGCUACCCCGAUGUGGCGGAAAAGAUAGAUUUUGUCGGGUUUGGGAAGCUAGAAGGAAUGUCAACUCGUGCUGGAACGGGUUUAUCGCUCGAGUCCGUUGUUCAAGAAGCACUGGAAUUACAAGCAGAAACGAUGGAGAAGCAAAAGUCAACGUAUUUGAAGCACAAUUUUGAGCAGCUCGAUGAUCUGACAAAAAAGAAACAUGCAGCUUGGUUCGUAGCAGCGAGUGUAUUCAGCUCAAAACGUCAAAAAGAUCUGAAGUUUAACUGGCAGCUCCACCUUAAAAACGAUAAUGGAAUGUACCUCCAACGAACCUAUUCAAAAAUUAAAAAUCUACUGUCAAAAAAUAACGCGAGAACGCGACAGAUGGUGAUUACUGAUGACGCAGAUUUCAGCGCGUUCGCUUUGGAACCACAUUGGCGAGAGCUGCUAGAAUUUUCAGCAAGCUACUCGAACGCCCGGGAAAAGUCAAUAAGCGAACUUGAUGGCUUUAUUCUCCUGCAAUUCGGAUUGCGACUGGGCCAACUCGCACAUAAAGUGAUGUCCAAAGAUGAAAAAUGGAUAGAACUCGAUCAGAAUUCAAAAGAACUCUACGAAAGAAUAAUACUUUUUGAAUGUAUUUUGCAAAUUUUUGAGGACUUGUUGAAUAUUCUCGGCUAUAAACCGACUGAUCAAUUUUAA